AUGAGGGAAACUCCACUGUCAAACUGUGAAAAGGACUUUAUACUGAAAAAUAUUGCAGAAAAAAAGCGGCUUGAUGGAAGACAAGCUUAUGACUACCGUGAUGUCCGGAUUGCAUUUGGUGUCAGCCUGGGAUGCUGUCAUGUUGAGAUAGGCACAACAAGAGUGUUAGCUCAAGUAUCGUGUGAAGUUGGACAGCCUAAACAGACCCGGCCUCAUGAUGGAGUCUUGUUUGUUAAUGUGGAAUUAUCUCCAAUGGCAUGUCCAUCGUUUGAAGUGGGAAGACAAACACAAGAAGGAGUUGAACUGUCAAGGCUGAUGGAGAGAUGCUUAAAGGAGUCCAGGUGCAUGGAUUUGGAGUCUCUGUGCAUUGUUGCUGGCGAGAAGGCGUGGCAUGUUCGAGUGGACAUUCAUGUGCUGAACAAUGAAGGCAACAUAUUGGACUGUUCAAGUAUUGCAGCUAUUGCAGCACUAGCCCAUUUUAGGCGGCCGGACGUCACUGUUCUGGGUGAAGAAAUCACAAUUCACUCCAUGGAGGAUAGAAAUCCUGUACCACUGAGUAUUCACCAUAUGCCACUGUUGGUUUCCUUUGCCUUCUUCUCUCAAGGGAAGUUCAUGUUGGUGGAUCCCUCGGAGAAAGAGGAAAAAGUUACAGAAGGAAAACUGGUGAUAGGAAUGAACAAAUACAGAGAGAUCUGCACCCUGCAGCUCACAGGACAAAUGCUGCUGCUGAAAGAUCAGGUUCUUCGAUGCUCAAACAUUGCUGUAACAAAAGUGGCUAGACUGACAGAGCUGAUACACGAAGCCCUGGACAAUGACAAACAGGCAAGAUCAAAAGGAGAAAAACAUGGUUUUGCGGAAAUGAUUACUGGAGAUAAAAUCACAGCCAACAGACAGCCGGCAAAGGUGGUGCCUUCUGACGCUAAUGAGGACAGUUCCAUGGAGAGUGAAGAAAGUGAAAUGAGCAGUCUUUCAGAUGGAGGGGAAGCAGCAGACAUGGAGAUUGAAAG